AUGACAGAUAAUGACAAAUUUCAAUUUAGACAGUGCUUGUACUUUCCUUAUAUAAGUGCCCCUUCAAGUCCUCAACAUUUUGGAUCAACAUUCUUUUUCAGUGUUCCCACUAGCCCUAGUCUUAUCUCCGCUCUUUCCAUAGAAACCAACGUUAUUCAUGACAAUGAUGAUGCAAUUGAUGAUGAUACAAAUGAUUUUACUUUUGAAUUUGGCAGAUAUGAGAUGGAGAAAAGCUCAGUAACAGCAACUGACGAGCUAUUUGAUAGUGGAAAGAUCAAGCCAAAGCUAAUACUAUCAUUUGAGUCCAAGCAAAAGAGAAAAGAAGUUGAAUCAAUUGCAGAAGAUAAUGAACUAGGAAAUGACGAUGGUCGUGAAAGAGAAAGAAAUCAACAUUCUAAACUGAAUUCUUCAGGUCCUAGGAGGCACAAAGCGACAAGAUCAUUCUCUCCUCUGAGGGUUGCGAAUCUGUUGUUAAUUGAAGAAAACGAAGAAAAUAUCAAGAGAGGGAAAACAAAAAUAGAGUCCUCUGUUUCAUCAUUGAUAUCGCUAUGGGCCAGAACGUGGAAGCUGAAAGACUUAUUGUUGUUCAGAAGUGCUUCAGAGAGUUGA